UUGUCGGUCACGUGGUUUUGACGCGUCGGACUUGGCUCGAUACAUUUUGCUACAAGCAGCUACUCUUUUCUUGGAUCUGUAGCCGCUCGUGUUGCUUGUUUCGUCCAAACAGCGCACAAAAUAUCAUGGAAGGCAGGGGUUACGGCUCUGGUUACUCCAGUUGGGGAGGUGGAGGUUCUGGAAGCAGAGGUUCUGGUGGUUUCGAUAUGCACGGGGGAGGUUAUAAGGAUUCCAUGUCUGGACUCGGAGGCUAUGGAGGUGGCAGCGGCCACAUGAAAAGAGGGCUCUCGGGAGCAUCUCUGCUCUCAUCGACGGGCACCCAUGCAGAUGCAGUCAUUGCUAAGAUUAACCAGCGCUUGGACAUGCUCACUCAGUUGGAGGGGGGGUUUAAAGGGGGUCGGAGUGACAGGUUUGACCAGUACGAGUCAUUCGACUCGCGCUCCUCCGCUUUUGCCUCCUCCCGAGAUCUCUACAGAUCUGGCGGCGGUAGCUAUGGUUUUGGUGAUGGCCGGGAGGACAGCAUGCUGUUGAGUCAGCGAGGAGGCCAGGGCUUCGGAGGGGGACUUGGGCUAGGAGGAGGAGGAGGCUUUGACAGCCCCUCCUCUUCCUAUGGAGUCGCUAAAAUGCGACAGAAUAUGAGGGAGUCCUUCACCAGUCCCCAAGGAGGAGGUUCUGGAGGUGGAGGAUGGGCUGGAGCAGGCCGACGUUCCCCCAGAAGGGGUGGAAGCGCCGGGGGUCGAGGAGCUACUGGAGGGUUUGGAAGCCGCAGGUCAGACCCCACUCCAUUAAGCGGAGGUUUGCGGGGAAGUGGUAGCGGUGGCCAGUCCCACCGUGGCCACUCUCCAGGAGGUGGUAGAGGAAAGCUCCCUUCCCUCCUGUCCAACCGCAUGUACCCUGAGAGUGGGGGCUUCCAGGGUUCUUCUCAAGGGCCUCACGACUUUCCUGGGAGGCAUUUUGGAGGGGGCCCACGGGCUGGCCGGCAGCGAGGCCGCAAGAGACCCCUUAACAAACAGGUGAAGCCACAGCGGGAUAUUCAGAAGAAAAGAAAGCAGACCCCGACAUCAGGUGAUGAGCCAGAGUCGAAGAUGAACAAGACGGACAGCGCCGAGUCAGAGGCUACGCAAGAGCAACCAGAGAAAAAUGGCGAUGGUGGUGAGCCAAAGACAACAGCUGCUGCGGAGACAAAACCUGCUGAAGAAGGUGAUAAAGCUGCGUCCAAACUGGAAGAGAAGAAAAAGCCACAGGGCAAACAGACACCGGCCCAGGGUCAGGACAGACACCCAAAAAUGAGGAAGAGACGAGGAUUCCUGGAAAGGGUGAUGUUUGCAUGUUCUGUGUGCAAGUUCCGUUCGUUCUACAAGGAAGAAAUGGAGGCUCAUCUUGAGAGUCGCUUCCACAAGGACCACUUUAAGUUCCUUUCCAGCCAGUUGUCCAAGCCCACUACAGACUUUUUGCAGGAGUAUUUGCAGAAUAAGUUUAAGAAGACAGAGGAGAGGGUGAGCCAGCUGGAGAACCACAGUGCUGCAAUCUGCCAGGUGUACAAAGAGCAGGACCUCACCAGGGAGCUUGGAAUGGAGCACUUUAUGAGGAAGGUGGAAGCUGCUCACUGUGCAGCAUGUGACCUUUUCAUUCCCAUGCAGCCCCACCUGAUACAGAAACACAUCAAGUCUCCUGACCACAACUACAACCGCAAGGGUAUGAUGGAGCAGUCCAAGCGGGCCAGUCUGUCAGUUGCUCGAAGCAUCCUUAACCACAAACUCAUUGGCAAGAAGCUGGAGAGCUACCUCAAGGGUGAAAACCCGUUCACUGGUAACCAAGAUGAACAGGAUCCAGAAGACAGCAUGGCAAUGGACGUAUCGGAGUUGGAGGUUACAGGCGAAGCGGCAGAGAGCCAGGCGGAAGGAGAACCUGCCAAAGAUGAGCCUGCUCCUGAGGGGGAGAUUAGCAAAGAGGUGGUCGAAGGAGAAGCAGGAGAGACUGCUGAAGCAGCAGCAGCAGCAUCAGAAGAAGCAGCACCAGCAGCAGCAGCAGCAGCAGGCACGGAAGAAGAAGAGGAGGAGGAAGAAAAGAUGGAGGAGGAGCAGGGGAACCAGAAUGAGGAGAACCAGGAUGAAGAGGAAGGUUUUGAAAUUGGGGAGGAAGAGGAUGAGGGAUAUGUGGUUCAUGAUGAGAUUGGUGAAGAGGGAUUACACGGUGACUUGGGAGAUGAAGGAUUGGAGGCAGCAGUGCACGAAGAGGAAGAUGCCAAUGAUCAUGAAUGAUUUCUGCUCUGUGUGAGAGAGUAACCUUUCCAUCUGAACAUCUGUUUGGACCAGUCUAUGACCUGUACUGUCCAGUUUGACUGCCACAUGUAUUGUGGAUUACAUAUACCUGCUCCCGUCAUGUUUCACUGUCAGUCUGAGCUUGUUGUUUGAGUUUGGUAAAAAGCAGUUGCACAUUUUGUCUACUGCUCUUCUUCUUCACUUUCUUGCAGAGAUUUACAUGAAAGCAAAUGUCAAAAAUAGUAACUCUUGUCUUCUGCAUGCAUACAAAGUCUUGACAAAGUUAGGGGUAGACUUCUUUUUAAAUAUCAGAGUAGACCGGACGUGUGGUUUACCCUUCCUCAGUCUCAAUGCUGAACUGAUCUGUUCCCAGGAAUAGCUUUGUACUCGGUGCAGACAUGAGAGGCAUUGUUGGACUUUUCAUUUCAACAUUGGCAAGAAGACACAUGAGCAUAUUUAUGAAAACGUCAAAGUAAUUUUUUUUGUUGUUGUUGUUGUGCCUUUUUGUUAAAAUGUAAGUUGUUUAGAAUUAAGAAAUUGCGGCUAUUGUAACAUUGAGAUAUAUUGUGUACUUUUUUUUGGGGGGGGGGGUCCAGAGUUUACACAUUGUUAUGGCUUUCAGGCCUUUCCCAGUAUUGAUGAAUGACUGUUUUCCAAGCUUUUGGAUAAAUCUAUUAGGAGGAGGACUUUUUAACUCUGCAGGUGGGGCUGCCUGAGAUGAUUGAGGGGACUGUUUGUAGGAUAAGCGUGCAACAUUUUGAAUAUCAUUCGGAAUAUUUUCAGUCAUUUUAGUUUCAUCUCGGUCUGGGAAAGAAAUAAACUCGUUGACUAAAUCA